AUGGAUAACUGUGUUAUAUCCUCUCAUUACAAGAGUGUCAGUGAUAAGAGAAGUGGUAAUCAAAAUCGCAGAAAUCCAUAUAUUGUUCCCUAUGGUAAAGGUAAACAGAGGUUUCAGCAGAAGAAUAAUGGUGGGAAGAGUCAUAGUGGGGGAGGUGCUCAUGCUGCUCUCAAAUGUUUCAAAUGUGAGGUUAAUGGUCAUCGUGCUUUAGAGUGUACUACCUUGAUAUGCUUAAAUUGUGGAAAGGAAAGGCAUACCUGCGUUGAAUGCAAUAGUGUUGUGGUAACUUGUUUCAACUGUGGAGAUAAUGGUCAUAUUACCGCACAAUGUCAGAAGCAUAAAAAGACUCAAGAUGUGAAAGUUGGUGCAAAAGUAUUUGCUCUCAGUGGUGCAGAGGCCUCUAAAUUUGAUAAUUUGGUUCGAGAGACUGGGCCUUGUGGUGUCUACUAUGAAUGGAAACAUGGUUAUCGAUACUCCAACGAAUGGGUACUUUGGCAUCGACUUAGCUUUGGGCAUCGUACUUUAGAGUGUACUACCUUGAUAUGCUUAAAUUGUGGAAAGGAAAGGCAUACCUGCGUUGAAUGUAAUAGUGUUGUGGUAACUUGUUUCAACUGUGGAGAUAAUGGUCAUAUUACCGCACAAUGUCAGAAGCAUAAAAAGACUCAAGAUGUGAAAGUUGGUGCAAAAGUAUUUACUCUCAGUGGUGCAGAGGCCUCCAAAUUUGAUAAUUUGGUUCGAGGUACUUAUUUCAUUUAUGAUAUUCCUUUAAUUACUAUCAUUGAUAUUGGUGUGACACAUUCCUUUAUAUCUAUUGAUUGUGUUAAGAGACUGGGUCUUGUGGUGUCUACUAUGAAUGGAAACAUGGUUAUCGAUACUCCAACGAAUGGGUCGGGUAAAGAGACGUUGGAUGAUAUGCUUAUAGUGUGUAAAUUUCCAUAUGCAUUCCCCGAUGAUAUUACUGAUUUACCGCCAUAG